AUGUCUGCUCGAUAUAAAGAAAAUUUAACAUUCUUCCCAGCAGCUGCUGACAGUGGCCAUGACGUCCCCGUCGUGCGCACGGCUAGCGGCGAUGUGCGGGGAACUGUGCAGCACACCAACGACCUGCCCGACAAGCCGGUCUACACCUUCCUGGGCAUCCCGUACGCAGCGCCCCCUGUCGGAGACCUGCGUUUCCGCACCCCGCAGCCUGUAGCUCCGUGGAAGGGAGUGAGAAACGCCACCAGACUUGGUCCCUACUGUCCGCAAGGGCCGAACAUGCUGUACAUUCUUCCCUUCCAGCUCCAACACCACGACUUCGAUGAAGACUGCCUCACACUGAACGUUGAAACGCCAACUGUUGCAAAUGACACGGGACUGCCUGUUCUUCUGUGGAUCCACGGUGGGUCGUUCGCCAUCGGUACGGGAUACUUCCAGCCUUUCGCCGCCAUGGCCGCUCAUCAGGACGUGGUUGUCGUGACCAUCAACUAUCGCCUGGGGGCGCUGGGCUUCCUCAGCACUGGGGACGAGAACGCUCCUGGGAACUUCGGCUUUCUGGACCAGAUCCAGGCGAUGACGUGGGUGAAAGAAAACAUCCGGAACUUCGGAGGAGAUCCGGACCGAGUGACGCUCUUCGGUCAGUCAGCCGGCGGCACGAGCGUCUGUUACCACGUGGUCUCUCCCCUCAGCCAGGGGCUCUUCCAGCGGGCCAUCUCGCAGAGCGGCACCUGCAGGACUACAGGCAAGUGA